ACAACGACAACAAUACAUCUUGCAAGCAUCCACAGUGUCGAGAACAAUGCAGCUGAUACACACACACACAGACAAAACAAAGCCAUGAACUGAUAGUCUGACGUAUAUAUAUAUGUACUGACCAAACUGCGCUCUCUACUCUUGAUCAUUCCAUCCUCAGCAUCAUGUCAUUCUCCACGCCUGAACCUAUCAGCCCGGUCGACCCUUCGCCACCUUGUCGUGUCCGUGACACGCCCGGUACAGAGUUUUUCUCAGCGCUGCAUCUCGAUAGCCCCCGAGGGAUGGGUACGAAGCCACUCCGGGUGAAGAAGCGAGUAGCGAGAACGGCAGGCGUCAGAGCCCGGCGCUCGACACUGUCACUCCCACGUACACCCCGGUCGUCUUCUGGUCACUCGACCCCCACGCGACCUCAACGGACCAACACUACAUCCACCAACGCAUCCCGAAUUCAUCACUCCAUCUCUCAGAUUUUCCUCGCAUCAAGUCCGCUGGACUUGUCCCCGCCACCCCUGCCUCCAAAGCAUCACGCGUACUCUGGUGUCGAGACCAUAGCACCUUCUCCUCCCGUCUCCCCCGAUACCGAUAGCCCUCGGCUCCCUCUCACACCCUCUCGCGCCCCUCCCAAAGCUGCCAGGCUCCUCGGUACACACGUCAAGACGCAGAUCAAGCAAAAGGUCCCUCGAAAGCACCACUAUCGCCCUCUGCCAACCCAGACUCUCAUCGAGAUUGAAAAGUUCCUCGGCAACGUACCUCCAGCACCACCUAAAUCCUCUCUCAAGCCCAUCUCCAGGGCGAUCGAACGAAAAGUGGGCCAUGGCAAGACGGUGCGACAUCGAGCCAUGGACGGGACCAUGUGGAUGGACGAGGAAGAGGAACAAGAAUUCGCCUCGUUGCUGGGUGACAAGGAAACGUUCGCCUCUGUCCUCACCUCAGUGCCUCCCCGUACGACCUCUCGACCUCAGCUCGCACGCGCAGAUAGUGCAGAGUCCGACACGUCCACUGGCUCCCGACGCCGAAAGGCACCGCCUCCGCCGCUGAAACUCAAGCCAAGACAGAUCAAUCCGUCACUCCUCAUUAUCUCGCGCACUCCCGAGCCGUCCAAGAAGGUCAACUCGCAUCGACCCAAGAUAGUGGACAAUCCGUUCAGGGCAUCUCAACCGGUGCAGAUUCAAAGCACGCCCGAGACGCCGUUCGUCCGUCCUCGUCGUGCUCCUGUACCUCUCUCGGUGUACCCUGAGGAGUACCAGAUCCCUUCGGACCCCUCUCCCAACUCUGUUACCCACUCUCCUCUCGAUACCCAAAUAUCGUUCUUCGAUCCAGUGACACCGACCUCACCUCGACCCGCCCACAGGCGAGUCCUCAGUGGGUCAAGUGCAGCAGAGGCGGCAGUGAAAAGCGGGGCGUGGUUGAAGAAGGUGGUCGGGGUGAGGAGAGGGCAGUUGGUCAGGGUGUAGAGGGAGUGGGCUCGGCCUCGAUGCAAGCGUCGUCUUGCAGGGCGAUGAUGAUAGCACUGUCAUAGCGGAUCGCAUGAAUGCUGUUCUUUGCC